AUGGAUUACGAUGCUCUAAAGGAGCAGUGGAGCGAGGUCGAGGACCGCGAUGGCGUUCGUCUCAGCUGGAACACCUUCCCCAGCUCGCGCAUGGAAGCUUCAAGGCUCGUAGUUCCCAUCGGCGCCCUCUAUACCCCGUUGAAGGAGAAAACCGAUACCCCGUUGCUCCAAUAUGAGCCUGUCACUUGCAAAGCACCCUGCAGAGCCGUCCUCAAUCCUUUUUGCAACGUUGAUAUCCGUGCCCGAUUGUGGAUUUGUCCUUUCUGUCUGCAGCGGAACUCCUUGCCACCGCACUAUAAGGAUAUUACGGCCGAUGCCAUCCCUCCGGAGCUUCAUCCGUCCAGCACGACGAUUGAAUAUGGCCUUUCGCGUCCCGCGCCAUUUCCCCCCAUCUUCCUCUACGUCGUGGACACCUGUCAAGAGGAAGAUAGCUUAACGGCGCUGAAGGAUUCGCUCGUUGCCAGCCUGAGUCUGCUUCCCCCUAAUGCGCUGGUUGGCUUGAUCACUUAUGGAACAAUGGCGCAAAUUCACGAACUUGGCUACACCGAGUGCGCGAAGUCGUACGUUUUUAGAGGAAGCAAGGACUACUCCGCAAAGCAGGUUCAAGAGAUGCUUGGACUUCUGGCUCCUGGCCUAAGGCCGAAUAUGCAACAGCAACCUGGCCGUCCGCCGCAGCCCAGUGGUCCUGCUGCACGAUUCUUGUUGCCCGUGCAGCAGUGCGAGUUCCAGUUGACGAAUGUUCUGGAACAGCUUCAAAAGGAUCCUUGGCCGGUCGCCAAUGACAAGCGUUCGUUGAGAUGCACUGGUGUGGCGCUUAGCGUUGCCGUUGGGCUUCUCGAGACAUCAUUUCAGAACGCUGGUGGAAGAAUCAUGUUGUUCACUGGAGGCCCUGCGACAGAGGGUCCUGGAUUGGUUGUGGGACCUGAGCUAAGAGAGCCCAUCCGAUCACAUCAUGACAUUGACCGUGAUAACAUUAAGUAUUACAAGAAGGCGCUCAAGUUCUACGACAACCUUGCCAAGCGGGUAUCGCAUAAUGGGCAUGUAGUCGACAUUUUUGCUGGAUGUCUCGAUCAAGUCGGCCUUCUGGAGAUGAAGGGGCUUGCAAACUCUACUGGAGGUCAUAUGAUCUUGACUGACAGCUUUACGUCGUCCAUGUUCAAGCAAUCCUUCAUGCGAGUAUUCGACAAGGAUGCAGACGACAACCUGCUGAUGGGCUUCAAUGCAUCCUUGGAAGUUCUGACCACAAAGGAACUCAAGGUUACUGGCCUCAUCGGUCACGCAGUGUCCAUGAACAAAAAGUCUGCUUCAGUCGGCGAAACCGAAUGCGGCAUUGGCAAUACGUGCUCAUGGAAGAUGUGUGGUAUUGACCCGCUCGCAAGCUACGGUAUUUACUUUGAAAUGGCCAGUCAAGGUGGCCCAACCCAGAUUCAGCAAGGCCCUCAGAAGGGUAUGGUCCAAUUCUUGACGUAUUAUCAGCACUCCUCUGGACAAUACCACCUCAGAGUUACGACCGUUGCUCGUAUGCUCAGUGGACCGGCUGGUGAUCCCGCAAUCGCUCAAUCAUUUGAUCAGGAGGCCGCUGCGGUCCUCAUGUCACGCAUUGCGGUCUUUAAGGCGGAAGUGGACGAUGGUCCUGAUGUUCUUCGAUGGGUUGAUAGGAUGCUCAUUCGCCUCUGCUCGAGAUUUGCUGAAUACCGCAAAGAUGAUCCAUCUUCUUUCCGCUUGGAGAAGAACUUUACUCUCUACCCGCAGUUCAUGUUCCACCUCAGGCGAAGUCAAUUCCUACAAGUCUUCAACAAUUCUCCCGAUGAGACUGCGUUCUACAGACAUGUCCUGAACCACGAGGACGUCAGCAAUUCGUUGGUUAUGAUCCAGCCCACCCUUGACUCAUAUAGUUUCGAUCACGAGGGAAGUCAACCCGUCCUGCUCGACUCCACCUCCAUCCAGCCAGCGCAUAUUCUCUUGCUUGACACUUUCUUCCAUAUUCUCAUCUUCCAUGGUGAAACCAUGGCGGAAUGGCGAAAGGCCGGCUACCAGGAUCAGGAGGGCUAUGAAAACUUCAGAACACUGCUUGAGCAGCCCAAGGAAGACGCAAAGGAACUCAUCCAAGACCGGUUCCCGCUCCCGCGUUUCAUUGUUUGCGAUGCUGGUGGAUCACAAGCUCGUUUCCUUCUCUCGAAACUUAAUCCUUCUACUACUCACACGACUGGUACCUAUGGCGGUGUUUCUCAAUCAGCACAAACCAUUUUCACCGAUGAUGUCUCGUUGCAGACGUUUAUGGAUCACCUGAUGAAACUCGCCGUCUCAGGAACAAGUUAA